ACUUACCAUAUCUGCUCUCCCACAGUACACAGAACAGGGAGAUGCAAUUAUUUUAGUAAAUAUAAACUGCUAAUUACCUUUUCUCAUCAGCAGUGAUAAGCAGUCAGAGCACUGGUUAAAGCUUGUAAGAGGAGUUUUCAUUUUGCUCUAGGAGGAUUCAGAACCCCUGGCCUCUGUCUGGACAGUGCUGAUUGACCCUGUGCUGAUCACAUGCACUCUCCCAAGAAAAAAAAAACCCUCUCUAGCAAUACACACCAAACUGAGCAUGUGCAGAGUGUGUCCACACGAUAUGUCUUAUCAGGAGAUAAGAGGGGGUCACUGGAAGGGGAGGAUCAGAGAAGUCAGGAUCAAACAUCCUUUUUACACAAUGCAGAGGAAUAACCCAUUAGGUUCCACAGUGAGCAUAACAAGCAUGCUUUACUACAUAUACAGACAGAUUUUACUGUUGUGGGUUUAG